CUGUUCGCCCGGCAGCAGGCCGGGCGCUUGGGGGUUGGGCGCGCCGGCACGCAGGGGCCCAGUAUUUGUGGACGGCUGGGGCCGGGCGGCGUCUACGGCGGCGUCUACGGCGACGCCGCCGGCGUGCAUUACGAGCUUUUGUCAAAUCUGCCCGUUACACAGCGCAGCGGCGCGAUUCGUCGGCCGACUACCCUGGAGGAGCCGGAUCCGUCUGCGAACUUUCCGCUUGCGCUCGAUUCCUUUACGCAGGCGGAGUGCGCAGCCUUGUGCUGUGCCGAUUGUUUGAUUGGCCCGU